AUGAAAUCAUCACCGAACGCCCCUCCCCUCCCCUCCCUCCUCCUCCGCGCCGCCCCCGCCAGAUCCUGGCUCGACGCGCACGAGCGCGCGUGCGCGAGCGCGGGGACGGACCCGGACGCCGCGCCGUUCGUCCCCACGACGGCGCAGGCCGAGGUCGCGAAGCAUCUCGCCCACCGCCUCGACCUCGCGCGCGUCGUCUCGAGAGAUCUCGACGCGCAGAUCGCGUCCACGGCGGACGCGCUCGCGAGGAUCGAGCGCGUUACCGCGGCCGCGGAGAGCGUCAGGGAGACGGACGAACGCCGCGCGCGGUUCGCGCGCGAGGGCGGCGCGGACCGAAGAGCCGCGCUGCCGAUGGGCGCGGACGCGGACGCGGCGCCGUCGCCGCACGCGGCGGACGGGAGGACGCUGGCGCGAGAGCUGCUCGCCGCGUCGGAGGAUCCGCAGAAGACGGAGGCGUACGCCGCCGCGCUGAGGCUUCGGAAGCGGCUCGUGACGGACGAGCUCUUGGCUCUUGGGGGGUAG